UGCCUCAAGCAGCAAGACUGGCUCUGAGCUUUACCAAACGGCACCAAAAGCAGCGGACCUUGAGGAUUUGGUUGAUUUUCCAGCAGCAAGUGAAAUGAAAAGCCUGGCAGACCGUAUCCAGCCAUCCCAGAGGCAGGAUGCGUGGAGGUGCCGGGAUUUUUUGGGGGAGCUGCGAUGAUGGGGUGGGCGGAGGGGUAGGGGCAGCAGGUACCCUCAGUUCUGCCUCCCGAGGAGGGGAGCGGCGCAUCCUCCAGGGAGUGCCCGGGGAUGGGGGAAAGCGGAGCAUCCUCCCGGGGGCGGAAAGCGGAGCAUCCUCCGGAGGGUCCCGAGGGAGGGCGAGCUCAGCAUCCUCCGGGGGCAUCCCGGGGGUAGCCCGGCGCUGCGUGGAGCGGCGGGAACGCAUGCGUGCGGUGCGGGCUCUCCCCGCCGGUGCCCCCCCGGUCUCGCCGCAGGAAACCGGCUGGCGGCCGCGGGCCGGCGCCGGGGGAGGCGAGGGGUUAACCGGGGUGGGGGCAUCCCGGGCCGAGAGGUGUGAAUUCCGCCCGCUCUCCCCCCUGCCUCCCCCCACGCCGCCGCUAUAA